AUGAAAUUGGUUGAUAUUUUAUUCGUAUUGACUACAGCAGCAACCGCCAAUGCAAUACUGACACCGACUGAUAACAAUGGUUCACCACAAGCAUCAGGCACUUCGAGUCAAGUGUCUGGCCCAACCAAUGAACCUAAUCCAGACACUUUCGAUCAAAAAUGGCAAGAAGUAAUGGAUUCAGUUAAUUUAAGCAUUUUCGAUGAAGACUGGGAAUACCUAUUUGAUCCGAUUGAUCCAAGCACUUCCAAUGAAGACUGGCAAAAUAUAGUGGAUGAAAUCAGUUCAAGCACUUCCAGCCAAGUAUCUGAUCCAACUGAUAAACACGGUUCAAAUAUUCUCAAAGACCAACAACAAUCAAUUGAUCAACCCAAUCAAAGCACUCCCAAACGAGGUCGAAAACGGCCAAUUGAUGAACCCGGUUCAAGUAUUUCCAAACAAGACCAACAACAAUCGAUGGAUCAACCCGGUCCGAGUGUUCCCAAACAAAGUCGGAAACAAUCAACUAAUGAACCCGGUCUCGUAUUUCCCGACAAAAACUGGCAACGUUUAAUAGAUGAAGUCAAUUCAGACGCUUUUGAAGACUGGAAAGAACUGUUUGAUAUAGCUGGUCUGAAUACUCCCAACCAAAAUGAACAACAACCAACUGAUAUAGUUGAUCCAAGUACUUACGGUCAAGACCAACAACAGUCAACGGAUGAACUUGAUUCAAGCAUUUUUGACGAAUACUGGAUAGACCUAUUUGAUAUAGCUGAUUCAAGCACUUUCAACCAAGUUUCUGGUCCAAUUGAUCAAGACAGUCCAAACACUUUUGAUCAAACCCAGCAACCAGUUAAUGAACCCAAUUCAAGCACUUCUGACGAAUACUGGAAACCAUUAUUUGAUAUAAUUAAUCCAAGCACUUCCAGUCAAAGCCAACAAAACCCAAUUGAUCGAGCCGGCCCAAGUUCUUCCAAACGAGGUCGAAAACGCCCAAUUGGUAAGGAUAGUUCAGGCACUUCCAAACGAGGUCGGAAACGACUAAUUGAUCAGCCCAAUCCAAGUACUUCCAAUCAAAACCAACAGCAAUCAAUGAUUCAAUCCAAUCCAAGCACUUCCAGUCAAGACCAACAACAACCAAUGAGUGAAAGCGAGUCUAUCAAUACUGCUACAAAUCAAAUAGCUAGAUUAAGCCAAAAAUAUCAAAGAACCCUUGGUCGCAUGAAAAAAAGACUUGCAGCAUCUAAAGAACUACGAAAGAAAAAAAUUAAAGAACAUUCUGACUAUGCAGCCCUUAAAUUCAAACAAUGGUCAGCGCUAGAAAGAGGGGAAAAGAUAUCUGAACCAAGGUACAGUUCAGACGAUGAAAAGAAAUUGAAAAAAGAGUAUAGAAAGAUAAGUAAAAAAGUAUACAAUUUCAGACAUAACUUGAAAAACUAUAUGAUAAAGCAUGGUUUGGAAUUUCAAGAACCGCAAUCAGAUUCAGAUUGA